AUGAGCUCUUGGGAUCCUCCCCUCGACAUUCAAGCCAUCAACACCACCGGUUUCCUGUGCUCGCUGGAUGAUCAAAUCGUCAAGUUCUACACUCUGGAAUACGGACUUCUGGAACUCCCGAUCUCCGAUAACGGAGAGAAAUUGGUCCUCGGAAAGUGGUAUUCAAUUUUUGAAGGGGAUUACGAGACACAUUUCGAUUUCGAAAUGACGGAUUGUAAAGUUUGGGCGAACACGGUUGGACAAGUUUUUGCACAAGUCAUGGCAAUCGGACCCAAUGAAUUUGCGCUGCCACGUGAGAUUCGAAACAAGUACCGAAUGGCAGUUUGGUCGCCGUUCUUGAAGUUUUUGGAUGAUAAGGAGGACCUUUUUAAUAGCACAUUCAGAGGUGGUGAUGUUGGAGAGCCGUGGACUAUGGAAUUCCUUGUGACCCGAAUGGAACCAGUUCAUGUUUUGCAUCCAGCCCUGCCGAUUGUCAAUCGGUAUGGACUAACUGUCAAAAAUGAUGUGACAGUUGGAAUUUGCAUAAAAGUGGACGUCAAUAAUCCAGCAUACUGUGCUGCGGUAAAAGGAUCACUGGAGAAGUGCGGUCUGCUAUUCUCUCCGAAAUUUGGGCUCACCAAGUGGCUGAUCAGAGAGAUGGAGGUAUCAAAACAUGUACAUAAGGAUAAACAUGUGACAGGAGCACUUAGAAGCACUGAUGAACCGAGUUUUAAGCUCGGCAAAUGGUACAAAUACCAACUUCGUGACAAUAGACACGCAAAGUCUCGUGCUCAAAAAUUCAGAUCAAAAACUGUGGAAGACUUGGGACCAACGGAUACUGUAUUUUAUAAUACUACGGCGGUUCAAGUAAAAGAAGUGGAACCACAAAAGCAUACAUGUCUUAUUAAUGGAAACGUUGAGAUGGACGCUUCAUUUGCCUUCAACCACAAAAUGCUAGAAGACCCGGAAAACCAAGAGCAGCCAUGGGAGAUUCGGAGCCAGCAACUGUCAAAGAGUGCUCAUUUUGUAGAUGUGGAUAUUGGAANAGNCNAGAUUCAUCCAAAUGAUUCUCAGNUCAUUCUUCAGAAAAUCGAAGCUCAUCGAAAAAUGCUGGAGGAGAAGUAUCCAAACGACUACACUCACCUCAAAAACAAAACGUUGAUUGUCAGAGCUACUGUGAAAGUCCAUGAUAGAUUUAUGGAAAAUUCUGAAGACUAUCCGAAUCAUGGAAUAUUUAUUGUUCGAAAAAUCACGUCGAUUUUUUAUUUGAACAGAGGAAAGAUGAUUUACGAUUCGGAGAAGGAGAAGGAAACUCCGAAUUUGCACUUUGAAAAGCUAACUUUAUGA